AUGGCAAUCAAAAAGCUCUUUAGCAAGAUCAACAACCAUCGUUCCUCUAAAACGGGUAUCACCACCACCCAUCAUCGCGACAAUGAAAAAUGCGAAAUAGUCCCCAGCCAUCCAUCUUCACUUACGGAUGCUGCAUCGACACCGGAUAUGCGAAACAAGAAAAAAAAGUCAUCAUCAACCAAGAAAUGGCGUAAAAAGUUCUCACUUCCAAGUGGGUCAUCAUGGACAACAUACGCCAAUAACAACAACAGCAGCAACACCCCACGACGUAGAAAUAGCCUAGUGGCCUUUACUCCAUCCGGCUCAUUACCCUGUUUCAGAGCAGGAUCAACCACUGAUCCUACCACAGUGACAACUUCAUCAGCUUCGUUUGCUGAUCAUGACUACAAUGACGUUGACGAGUUGCCACUUCCCCAACGGCCUUUUUCAUGCUCGACGGUGAUCAUGCCUGAUAUCCUGCACGCUUUACGCAGUAACGAUAAGGACCCACAUGAAGAUAAUUACAAUGAGCAUGAAGAACAGCUUAUGACAGUGGAUGAAUCGAGCUCUUUUGCAUCACGUUAUUGCAUUGCGUCGUCAAGCAAGUUUCAGCAGUCAUCCAUUUGUUCGGCUGUCGGGCAACAUGUUGUGUCACCGUCAAUGCAUGCAGCCCCUUCUUGCUCAUCCGCUCCCGCCAGUAGCAUCGAUAGCAAAACAGCGGCACCAACCACUACUACUAGUACUCCUCCUGAAACUUGCUACAAAUCAGUCACCCACAAUGAAAAGAUCGAAUUGACGCCACCUUUCUUACCAUCCUCACCACCACCUUCCACCACCGAUUUGGCUGCUAUCGCCUCUGUGGAUCAUCAUUCAUCAUCACAACAAGAUGUCUUGGCACCUGGUGGUAGUAAAUCAUCAGCGAUGAUUGCAAAGUUGCAAGUAGACAAGACCGUCGCAGAGAUGCGAUUAGCACAAUCAACACGAUCGUUACAAGGCGCCAUGCAAGAAAUCAAGUUCCUAAAGAACCGAAUCAAGUACCUCGAGACGCAGGACGUUGAGGCUGAAGAUUUAUUGCGAAUGCAUACGCGUGCACAGCUUGGAUUGAUUGAGUAUUUGGAAGGAGAGGAUGAUUUGGCUAUUGCGCUUGAACGAUUUAAGCGGCAAUUGAUGGAAAGCGAUGAGGAGCAGAGCAGCCAGCAUCAACAACAACAACAACAACAACAAAAGGAUAACGGCCCUGUUCCACCAUCAUCAUCAUCAUCAGCUUCAGCACAACAACAAUCUUCUCUCCCCACCAGUAAAGAGGCUGAUAGGGAUAACCCAUAUUGA